CUUCCAGCCGCAGCGCCGGAUCCGCGGUGGCGGCCGGUGGCCACUGCAGGAAAAUAAAGCCAUUGCUGCAGCAGCAAAAUGGCUCAGAGUCCAACGAAAGUCUGGCCUUUUCCAGAGCCCGGGUUGUGGGCGGCUCACUAGCGCUGCCCUGGGAAUGCAGCCUCCGAGCUCCCUGCUCGCGGAGCCCAGCGCCGACACUCACAGGAGCUGCGUCCCCGGAUCGGCUUAGAGGCUCUGCACCGAUCGCGAUCCAAUUCUGCAGCGUUUUAAAAGAGUGCUCUCCAGAAUGUUGAGAUUGCCUGAGAAGUGACCCCAGCAAAAGAAAAACAUUGCUCUACCUAAAUUCAAACGACAUCCUUCGAGGUGCCAUAGCACAUGGAUUUCAGAACCGCCUGUGAGGAGACAAAGACAGGAAUUUGUUUGCUGCAGGAUGGUAACCAGGAGCCUUUCAAAGUCCGGCUGCACUUAGCCAAAGAUAUUUUGAUGAUCCAGGAACAGGAUGUGAUAUGUGUGUCUGGUGAGCCUUUCUAUUCUGGUGAAAGAACGGUGACCAUCAGAAGACAAACAGUAGGAGGAUUUGGAUUAAGCAUAAAGGGAGGAGCGGAACAUAACAUUCCAGUUGUCGUUUCAAAAAUCUCCAAGGAGCAAAGAGCGGAGCUUUCGGGCUUACUUUUUAUUGGAGAUGCAAUCCUACAGAUAAAUGGCAUUAAUGUGAGAAAAUGCAGACAUGAAGAAGUGGUUCAAGUUCUUCGGAAUGCUGGAGAAGAAGUGAAUCUAACGGUGUCAUUUUUAAAAAGGGCACCUGCUUUCCUCAAACUUCCACUGAAUGAAGAUUGCGCAUGUGCUCCAAGUGACCAGAGCAGUGGCACCUCUUCUCCUCUCUGUGACAGUGGCUUACAUCUCAACUAUCAUCCCAACAAUACAGACACAUUAUCCUGCUCAUCGUGGCCGACGUCCCCAGGCUUGAGGUGGGAGAAGCGGUGGUGCGACCUCAGACUGAUCCCUCUGCUUCAUUCACGCUUCUCCCAGUAUGUGCCCGGCACAGAUUUGAGUCGGCAGAAUGCCUUUCAAGUCAUUGCUGUGGACGGGGUGUGCAGUGGGAUUAUUCAGUGCCUGUCUGCUGAAGACUGCAUUGACUGGCUGCAAGCAAUAGCGACUAAUAUUUCAAAUCUCACAAAGCACAAUAUUAAAAAAAUCAACAGAAACUUUCCUAGUAAAUCAACAGAACCGACGCUCCGAGGCGCCGGCAAAACCUCCUCGCCGGUCACAAGAGGCGAGGCGGCCCGUGGGGCUCCUCCGCUGGGAAUCUCCUGGUGCGUGAACAACAAGAAUUCAUGUGAAGGUGUGGUGUCCUCUCGUUCUUUGCGUUUUCACUGGGAGCUACAAUCCCGAGCUGCUAGUGAUCAGCCAUCUUGGAUCUCUCUCCCACACCAAAUAUUAAGGUUAAGUUUUGCAAAGAUUAAGAGAUACGGUUUUUCUUUAGAAUUAUUAUUUUCUGUGACACUCAUAAAAGAACAUCCUGAAAGUGCUAUUGUCUACAUGGGCUGGUGUGAGGCCCGGGAGCAAGACCCCCUUCAGGACAGAGUGUACUCCCCAACCUUCCUGGCCCUGAGGGGCUCAUGUCUGUACAAGUUUCUGGCACCUCCAGUAACCACCUGGGACUGGACGAGAGCAGAGAAAACAUUCUCAGUUUAUGAGAUUAUGUGCAAGAUCCUCAAGGACAGUGACCUUCUGGACCGGCGGAAACACUGCUUCACCGUGCAGUCGGAGUCUGGGGAGGACCUGUACUUCUCAGUGGAGCUGGAAAGUGACCUCGCCCAGUGGGAAAGAGCCUUCCAGACAGCAACCUUUCUAGAAGUAGAACGGAUACAGUGCAAGACCUAUGCAUGUGUGCUAGAAAGUCAUCUAAUGGGACUCACGAUUGACUUCAGCACAGGAUUUAUCUGCUUUGAUGCUGCAACAAAGGCUGUCCUUUGGAGGUAUAAAUUUUCUCAGCUUAAAGGUUCUUCAGAUGAUGGCAAGAGCAAAAUCAAAUUUUUGUUUCAGAAUCCAGAUACUAAACAGAUUGAAGCAAAGGAGUUGGAAUUUUCAAAUUUAUUUGCUGUUCUUCACUGCAUUCAUUCCUUCUUUGCUGCCAAGGUAGCUUGUUUGGACCCUCUAUUUUUAGGCAAUCAGGCUUCUGCUUCUGCUGCUGCCAGCUCUGCUACCACGAGCAAAGCCAAGUACACAACUUGACAUACUAAGCUCUGCAUUGAUACUCACCAUAACUGUAUAAACAGAACACACUUAUUCAUCAUUUUAGACCCUGGAAAAUUCAUAAUAUGUCCACAGUGGAGGAGAAAUUGAAAUUUCAGCAGAA